CGUAAGUAAACUCGCUGUGAUCUCAACAAGAUGAAGAUUGUUGCCAGACUGACCUCCAUCGCCUCCACCGCCGUCUCCACGCCCACUCCAGGCUGAGGAAUUUGCCAACCGAUUCGACGUCUAUCAGGUGAAAGCGAUUCCACUUGUCCUGAUAUUUCCCCUCUUGUGGCGAACCCUGUGAUGGGCGAGAAUGAAGCCAUGUACACGAACGAGUACAUGAUUAGCGCGGCCACGUGUAAGGGCAAAAGAAAAACUGGUGACAUGCUAGAGGAGUACAAGUGUCUACGGCAAGUCGUUCGGUGCCUCGCGUGAUGAUGACGGU